AUGGGAGCGAGCGUCUCAAAAGUAUUAAGCGCCGUUGCCUGUAUUCUCGUGGGCAUGAAUGUGGUAUACUUGGGUGUCCCUUUAACAUCUGGAGUUUCCAUUAAUGAAAUGCUGAUUGCAGCUGGUUUUAGUGCGUUUAUAGCUUGUUACUUUAAAAAGCUGACAUGGGUUGAAUUCUUAAAUCAGUCGAGUAUAGGUGCACUUUUGUCUUCGACUUCAGUUUUUGGAAGUAAUAUCGCUAGUUACACCAUAAAGAAAAUCUUUGAGAAGUGUGAAAAAUUAGCAAAUUCCCUGAAGCUUUCGAAACCAGCUAUAAUUACGUAUUUAAUUUUAGGGUCAGCAAUUAUAUUUGACAACUUAUUUAUUGAAGAGGAAUCAUACACAGAAACUUUAAAAGAAUUAUUUACGGUGUUUUUCUUUGGCACAAUAUUGUCUUUUGGUUUAUUAUAUGGAACUGAAGCAGCUUAUAAUAAAGUUAUCAAAUUUGUUGGAUAUUUAUGGCAAAAAACUGUAGAUAAAUUAAAAAACGAAACGAAUAUAAUCUCUUACGCGAACUUUUUAAAGAAUUGGCGCAGUAUUAAUUUCCUCGUUCUUCCUGCAGUUGAAACUGCAGAAAAUUUGGCUUCUCAAACGAUUAGUCAAAUAAUUAACAAUGACAAAUUAGAAAUAAAUCAUAAAGGAACUUUAUUAAUAUCUUCAUUAGAAACCACACUAAAUGCGAUUGCAAGGACUGCUAUCAGAUAUCGCGAUGAAAUUAGGGACGAUGAAAAUCUCUUUAGACUCACUGAACAAAAAGAAUUUGAAAUCCGAAAUGACAAUCCAAAUUCAACAGAUUCAGAUUCGAAGGAUAAGUCCCCUGCCGAUAAUAGUACUCAUAUUAUUAAAUCGCGUGCAUGGGAUAACGUAAGAAUUUACUCCACGAGAGAUGCAAUUGAAGCUUUUCGAUCUCAAUCUGAAAGAUACCUUUAUUCUAACGUCGCACAUGAACUUGGUGAUGGAGUUGGCCAAACUUCAGAGAAUGAAACUGAUCCUAAAUAUGUAUAUGCUUAUAAUACUCAUUCAAAUAGUAAUAAAGUAGCGACUUCUUCAUCGUCAUAUGGUAUUUCGACUAAUGAAAAUGUUCAAAGCCUUGACAAAAAAAAGAAAUCUCGAAUUACAAAUGAAUAUUCGGAUUUUUUUCAAUACAAUUUGUCUAGUCAAAGCAAUUUCUUCAAUUCGAUCGAUAAACUUAAUCUACCUGAAACAGUUAAUGAAUCAGACACAUAUUCAUCAGUUGAAAUUCAUCCAAUAAUUUGUUGGAAUGCAAUCGAACAAAUGUACAUCUUUUCCAAUCCAAAUGAAUGGCCUUCCUUUCCACAUAAGGCCAAAGUUGUAGGGUUCAUCGGGACAAAAAAGUCUGGACGUACUACAGCAAUUCAUAGUCUUUUAUUUGAAUUAGGAUACUCACUCACAGGAGAACAAAUAGCAAAAUCGUUAUUGCCAGUUGGUGUUAUGAUGUAUGUUUUGAAAAAGCAUAAUUUGAUAUUUCUGGACUGUUGUGAUGUUGCAGAUUCUGCCAUAAAUGAAGAUGGAAAUCCUCUUUCGGGAUCUCUACUUGAAUUUUUUACCUACAUGGCUUCCUGCCACUUAGUCAUACAUACUGCAAUUCCUAAAGAAACGAUUGGUGAACAGUCGAUAUUUUCGGAACUACUUGCUAACUAUGUUCAUGAAAAAGCAAAAUUGCUCUUAUUGUGGUCUAACGUUAUUCAAACAUAUGGACCAUCAAUGCUCACUGUUAUUGUUCGUGGUUCUAAGCAACAGUGCGAGGAAUUGGACCUAGUCAGACCUAAUUUAUUUUCUUCUCAGUCUGAGGAUCAGAUUGCAUUUACACAUGGGUUCCAAAACUCAAAAGAAUUUAUUUGGCAAUACAUUCCUGAAGAAAUGAUAACCACCCGAACUCUCGCAAAUGACAAUUUUGCCGUUCCUACAGCAAUUCUAGAACGUAUCAAAGAAACUGAUCUUCAUAUACUUUCUAUAUAUUCGCAAGCUAUCUUGGCGGGAGUUACUUAUGAAUCUGAUAUUGAAAAUAAAAAUUUGAUCCCUUUUUACAAUGGAAUUGAAGCAUAUUGGAAAUGUCUUUUUACAGAAAUCAUGUCAAAUAGUAUCCUUUCCCAAAGUGUUACUGAUGCUAUUAAUCAUGAAAUAAUCCAAUAUGCCGAUGUACAAACAGGCGGUUUAAUCCAAGAGUAUAUUGAUUCAGUAAAUCAGCUUGUAAAAAAUUCUGCUACCCAAGGCUCAGAAUUGGAAACAAAUUAUAAAGCACUAUGUGAAGACAUUAAGAAACGAAUAGAUAUUGAAAAUGAAAAGCCUAAUGAAGAUAAAGAUCCCGUUAUUGGUUUCAAAAUAAAUAUUGAAAUUGCAAAAUGCCUUCUUGAAAGUUCGAAAUCGGAAAAUAAUUUACAAAUAAAAGACAAUUUGAUAUCUUGGGGACUUCAUGGCUUAACACUGAUUCAUAAUCGUUCACCUAAGGCUAUUGAACAUACGUGGAUUAAACUAUGCAUUAAUACCUACAAUAUACUUGAUCUCUUGAAUACACCCAUUAUUUAUAAUGUUUACUGGCAUUGUUGGAAUUUCCUAUCCUUUGCCAGUUCUUGUGGUUUCAAAUUGGAAUUAAUUGAAUGGCAAAUCCUAAAGCGUGCAUCACAUUGUCUCAAAGCAACAACCGACAAAUCUCAAUUUCACUUUCAUGUUCUUGAUUGUCUUCUUAAUUUUCUUGAGGUAGAACCUUAUCUUCCGGUGAGAAUUCCUCCUCCAACUAGUGGUGAAAAUGAUCAAACAUCGUUACAAUUAGAUGAGCAAUUUUAUCGACUUAAACAAAUGACAUAUUAUGGAAUAACCGAAUAUUCAAAAAAAUGUGUUCAAGAAGCUGUAGAGCAACGAAAAUCAACCAAUAUGGAAAAAUAUUUGGAGGAAAUUAAAAAUAUUGUAGACAAGCAAUUGACGGUUUUAACCAGAAAUGAACCUUUUUCAGCACUAAAUGAAUAUCAACAAUUUGUUAUUGUCAGCACUGCUUUAACACGUCUUAAUACGGAUAUUGCUCUUUAUGUGUCUAGAUACAUAUUAGAUGAUAAAAAUAAACUUCUUAAACUAUUUUCGCCGGAUUUAUCUGGUGAUAUGUUAGGAGGUUAUCAUGAAACGAUUCGUAAUUAUAGAUGGUUGGCUUUACAAAGAAUUGCCAGCCUUGAAGACAAUGAAUGUACUAACAACCUUAUUAAAUGUGCCCUUCCCUGGAUUAUAAAUUUCUUAAAAAAAUUGCCGUAUGAUAGAGCAUCUAAAGAAAUUCAUUCGUAUGCAAUUCUUUUUGCAAACACUUUAAUUAUUGCCGAAAGCACCAUGCAAAAGCGUCAAAGAAACGCAGAACAAAGGAAAAAUAAUAAAGCCUCAUCCCUUAGACAAACAGCAACUAUAAACGAUAUAAACAAAAAAAGGGAAAGAAUAGAAAAUGAAGAAGCAUAUGGAGAAGUUCGCAUGGGACUACUCUCACAGAAAUGUUUCAAACCUGUAUUUCAAAAAUUAUUGCAUGAUUAUAAAUACAGUGAUCAAAAUAUAUAUCUUAAGUCAGAUAAUGUUCGACGUUAUGCACAAUAUAUUAAAAACUUAUUAUUUGCACCUCAUAAUUCACAAAUUCAAGCAUUAUCGCUUGAUCAGAUUUCUACUUCCGAGAAAAACACGCUUCGAUUAAUGACCUUUAAAAUGGUAGACCUUUGUGUAAAAAAUUUUUGGGAACAGCAUCCAGAAGUGAAGGAACGCGCCUCGUCAAGCCAAUUGUCGGUUAUCUAUAAUACACGUUCAUUGCUGGGGUUAUUAAAUCGAAUUUAUUGGAUAACAGCCGUGAAGAACAAAAAUGAAAAUAUUCGAGGAUCUUUUAUUAUUUUUGGAACAUCAACAAUUGCAACACCUGAACAAAAUAUUCAUUCACUUUCUUCCCCUAAUGAUUCAUCAGAAACUUUCGCUGACGAAAUGAUUCAACGUAUUGGUCUUAAUAAUUGGCAUAACCUUAUAUCUUUAACUUCUAUUUCACACACUCUAUCUAACUAUAUUACUAAAAUUGAUCCUGAUAAUUCAUUAAACAUUCGUGAGGCAGUAUUUGAUAUACGAGAUGAAGCGUUAACAGUUCUCUGGAAUCUUGCCGAAUGUAGUGGUAUUUCACUUGGAGUAUCAAAAAAAGUAAUGACCACUAUUGAUUUUCGAUCAGCAGAUGUGAUUGAUGGAUUUUCUAAUAUUUCAUCUUUUGAUGAAAAUGGAGUUAAUCGUGUUAAAUUCUUGGUUAAUCGUGUUAUUGGCAAAGUAAAUGCUAAGGAAGCCACAGAUCAAAUUGAAAUUACUACCCAAGAAUUAUCUAAUCGUUUUGUAAUUGGAAAAAACAGAGCUAUCGAAUAUAAAAAACGUGUAGAAAUUUCUGAAGAUAUUGAGAAGCAAAUAGAAGAACAAAGAUUGAAGCCAGACGUUCAAGCAGUGAAAGAAGCCAGAUUAAAGAAAUUUAGUAACAAUUGA